AGGAGGGAAGUGUUUGUUGUGUUGGUUUUGGCGCGUGUGGCGGGCUGUUCCAGUCGCCAGGAGCCCUGGCGUCCUAGCAUGGCAGAGGGGGAGGUGGGGGUGUGGCGGAUAGGCAAGUGCAAAUGGUUUAACGUUGCCAAAGGAUGGGGCUUCGUGACUCCCGAUGAUGGAGGGCAGGAUGUCUUCGUGCACCAGAGUGUAAUCAAGAUGUCUGGGUUCCGCAGCCUUGGGGAAGAAGAACCUGUGGAAUUCGAGUGCAAGGUGUCGGACAAGGGUCUUGAGGCCACGGUGGUGACGGGGCCCUCGGGGGCUGACUGCCGCGGCUCGCACAGAAGACCUAUGAGUAAAAAACGUUUCAGGAAAAUACGGUGCUACAACUGUGGUGAGUUUGCAAACCACAUUGCAGCCAAGUGUACGAUGGGACCACAGCCUAAACGGUGUCACUACUGUAAGAGUGAGGACCAUCUUAUAGCAGAAUGUUCACAGCGCCCAGAAAAAGGCCGGGGAUCUGAAGGCACAGACACAGAACUUGGAGAGUCCAGAGUGUAGUUGCUUAAGCUGGAUACUGUGUGAUUGCUGUAGUGACCACGCCGGCCAUGACAUUGUAUGGUAGUGCCAUUGAAUAUAUCUACUUUUUGAUUCUCAUUAAGAGUUUCUUGAUUUGAAAUAGGUGUUCAUAGAAAUACAUUGUUCAGAAAUUAACGUUUCCUUUACAAUUAAUGUAUAUUAUGCAUACACAUUAACUGUGUUUAUUUUACUUAUUACAGUGUUAUCUAUGUGACUUUUUUUAGUAAUUGGUAAAUUAUGAAUUCAGCAAUGACAUAGAUACAGUAUUUUCUUUUGAUUUUGAAACAUGGUCAGCCAUUGAUCUCUGUAUUGAUGAAAGAAAAUCUCAUAACUACAACAUAAGAUCACUGAUGCAGGUCUUGAGCAGAAUGCCAUACAAUGAAAAUACCUCACUUGUAUAAAUCCUGUUUUAAAAUUUGUUAGAUAAAUAUAAUUCUAGCUAACACUAUGCAAAGAUUCAUAUAUAUUUGAUGUAAUGUACUAUAGGUAAAAGGAGUAGGAUAUCACAUGGAGUAAUAAGGUUUUAAGAUGCAAUGUGUAGUAAUUUAUGUAUGGUGCAUGAGUGUGUGGAGUGUGCUUGGAGGUGGUGGACACAGGGGCACACGUGUGGGCUGUUUGUAUGCAUUGCCAUAUUUUCUCAAGGAUAUACCAAUAAGUGGGUAAAUAGGGGUGGGUGAUUUUCCUUUAGUUUUGACCCUGUAUAAUCUCAGACAGUAAUGCUUCACAUGUAUGUAGGAUUUUUUUUUUUUUCUUUUCAUGAAUUGCAUUUUUUAUGGUGGUUGUGGGAGGACUUUCCAAGACAACUGGACUACUUGAACCAUGGCAAUCAUUGUGGCUUGAUUGUUAACCAGUCCUUCACAUUACAAGGAAGAGGUGCUUAUACACAACUGCAUAGUUAAAAGUAUAUAAGUAAUCAAAUACUUGGCAUAUAUAGUGUAUAUAGUUGUGUAAUUGUUAAUUAUUAAGGAUAGAUCUUCAAAUUAUGUGAUUUACACCAGGGUACAUUUUAAUGAUAUCUUCAGCUUCCUUUCACUUUUUCAUGUCAAAACUUGUGUGAGGUGUGCAAACCAUCAACAAUGAAUCACUAUUUUAAACAAAAGUUAAUUAAUUGUCAGGAAUUACAGCUGAAUUACUGAUAUUUCCGUAAUAUUUGUGUUUACAGAUCUUACAAAAGUAGAUUUUGCAUCAUUUGCCUUUACAUAUUGACUCAAAGUGCAACUCAGGACUGUUUGUAUAAGCUAUUAUGCAACUUAUAUAUUUUUUAACAGUUUGCUGCUUUUGCAGUGUAUGUACUACAAUGUGCACUCAGGAACUGUGUGUGUGUACUGUACAUAUAUAUAGAAUUCAAAAAUCCUUGUUCAUGAUUCAUAUACACAGCAGUAUGUUCUUUAUAUAAAGUUAUAAAAUAUCUACAUUUUUUUUCUCUGUGAUAUGAAAAUGAAGAAAAGCAGCUUCAUCAUCAGUUAUCAAAGUUUCAUCAAAAUGUGUGAACAUUAUGAUAUAUGUACAUGAUAGAAAUCUUUGUGACCAAACAUCCUCCACCUGUACUUGGCCCUGUCACCUUUGCUCCCUCACUUUGCUACAUAAGCCUGAGUAUCAUAAAUUUCUUUAGGAAAUCAAGGAGACAAGUGAUAAUAGAAUGAAAGUAUGAGAACAUACUGCAAUGUAUUUCAGAUAAUUAAUUUCUUUCCAUCCAAGAUGAUAGUAAUAGGAAUAUCACAUAGCCAACCAAUAUACUUAACGUUUUCAUAUAAUAUAUCACAAUAUAUCACUUCAUGCAUCUACUGUUACAGUGUUGCAUAGCUUCAUAUCUGUUAUCAGGGCAAAUUUGGUGUGUGACUGGAAAGUGCAAUGUGGUUAAAGACUUGCUCAGCUUGUCAGACAUGUAUGGAAUUUUAGGUGCCUUAAACUUACACACACACACACACACACACACACACACACACACACACACACACA